UCUCUUCUCUGGAGCGAGCAAGCUCCUUUUAUGGGCAACGUCCGGCCGAUCCAUCUGUGGAGUAACGUAAGAGGCCUGUUCUCGAGGGGUGGUGGCAAGAAGCAACUUAAGCUGGAAGCCGUUUUGGUUUAUGCUUAACAUCCGAGAUUGACACAAUCACAAGGUGGAAGAUUCUACUUCCUUGUACAAGCCUCAAAAAUCCAGGACACCAGGAAAAGAUGGAAGUUUCAUCUAUGAUAUCUCUCAUCAGCUAUGUGUGAUCGGGCGGAAGCGAUUCAUCACAAGGAAAAGAGCUCUUCAAUCGAUGAGAGAAGGAAGUUGUGAUCGUCUGGGCGGUGGUGGUGGCGAUGGUAGCAGCAGGAGCGCAGGGCGUGAAGCUACUCUCAGCGAGGAAUCCAUUCCAGUCAACCAAACGCUGGCGGAUCUCGAUCAUGGCACUUACUGGAACAGCCUCAACCAAACGCUUUCGACUGUGUCGCAGGACUCGACAACACUGCUCCCACUUCCAGGUGUGAUCCUGUGCGAGAGAGUGGAGAGAAAAAAGAAAAGAGAUCUUCCAUAAAAGCUUGGAGGAGAUCUUCUUUAAGUUCCAGCGACCAAGUCGAGAAGAAAUAAACAUCCAAUAAAGGCCCCCGUGAUAAAGUGGAGGACGAUUAACCUCCAACCCACAUCGCCAAUUGGAAGCAUCCAGGUCGUGGACCGCGCCAGGAAAUGUGAAACAGAGCCCAGCGAUGCUGAUUUCUCGGGCUGCCCGUCACCCUCCGCCGCCAUGGCCGAUGCCCACCGCCACCACCACGAGGAGGAGCGCCAGGAGGAGGACGAGGGUGGCGGCGAUGGCGAUGAGCAAAUCCUCCACUCGUCAAAGGGAUGCUGCCGCUUCCUGCGAUCUCUCCGGGCGCUGGUGGUGGUCACGCUGGUGCUCCACUUGGGCAUCUCCGCGCUGGGCACCGCAAUGGCGGUGGUGUCGUCCUCCUCCAGCGGCUGCCCACGAUCGCUGCUAGUGGCGGCGGCGCUGGUUGCUAGCGGCGCUUGCGCGCGAGUGGCUUGGGUGGUGGGCACUGGCUUGUGCCAGGCCGCCACCGCGGUUACCAUGAUCGCCGAGGAGCACGUCCCAGCUUCUCGGAGGAGGACGAGCGGCGCCACCAGCGCGGCGAUCAGGAUUGGGAGACGGAUUUGGUAUCGAAGGUGGCUAUGGUGGGGACGAUUUGGUGUUCUUGUCACCUCCUUCCAAACAGGAGGAGCUUGCUACUUGACCAUCUUGGCUGUAAGGAACGCUCGUUCAUCCUUUUGCUUCCCUGGCCCUGACGCGGCGGCAUUGUUGCGAGACACGCUUGUCAUCCUUCCCAUCGCUACAUGGCUGCUCGUCUUGGCACAGUGUUGCGUUGGCUCGGACGUGCUCUCUUGGAGGUCGCUCUACGAGAUGCAACACGAGGCAUGGCGCGCUCACUACCGCGAGAUUUUCGAUCGCGGCAUUCGAGAGCUGCUUUGCUGCCUUGGGCGAUCGAGAUAUCUGACAACCAUGGAUGAAGACGAGGUUGAUACGGUGGCAGCACUUUUAGGCGAUCUUGUUGCAUACCGUGCUGCCGGUGCAAGCCAUCUCGAGUUUCUCGCUGGUGUUGCUCUUCUGAGAACUCGCAAGUCCAAGCCUCCAGUUCCGAAAGAUCUCCCUCCGGCUCCCGGUCCGCUGGUCACAGAAGCUGCUCUUCUCCAUCCAUAUGCCGUGGCUGCGUACACGGGGCCAUUGCUGGACAUUGGACGCACACCGCUACUCUUUCCCUGUGCUUGGAUGUACCGGCAAGGACUCCUCAGCUUAUGGAACCGCAGAAGGAGCCCGAGUGUCGACGGUGAUAAUUGGUGGCGAGGCCAUGCGACUGCGUUCCUUCGUGCUGCUCGCCUCCCAGCCGAGGCGCUCUUGAAAGGAAGGAUUCACCAGAGAAACCGAGAGACAGUCUACUUCGUGAUUGAGUUGAAGGAACUCAAGUUGGUUGUUGUCGCUGUUCGUGGGACUGAAACACCGGAGGAUCUUCUCACAGAUGGCCUGGGACGUGAAUGCAUCCUUGCCGACGCUGAUUUUCAAGGAUUGUUCCUGUCUGGUCAUUUGUCUGACACAGCAAAGCGUGAAAUCUCGUCGUCAAAUCCUCACUAUGGCCAUGCCGGUGUGGUGGCGGCGGCCAGAGAGCUUGCCUUCGAGCUGGACAGCCCUGAAGAUAAUCCCGAGCUUUCAGCAGGUAGCGCUGGAUCAUCGAAAAAAACUGGUUUUUUGACUUCCAUACUCGGUCCCGGUGGGAAGUGUGAAGGCUUUUCUUUGAGAUUUACCGGACACUCACUGGGUGGAUCGAUUGCUGCUAUGGCGGGAAUGAUGCUAUGGCACCGCUUUCCAAACUUACACACUUACGGAUAUGGCGUUCUUCCCUGUGUCGACGCUGUCAUCGCAGAAGCGUGCUCACCAUUUGUAACAAGUGUUGUGUAUAACGACGAGUUUGCAUCGAGGAUGUCCGUGGCUUCGCUGAUGAGGCUCCGCGCGGCCUCGCUCCGAGCUCUAGCAGCGGACUCGGACACCUCCGAGUCGGCAGUGAUAGCGAGAGUGGCCAGAAGGCUCUUCGGCUCAUGGAGGCGAGGCAAAGCUUCCAAUGCAGGGGCCACUGGCAAAACUUCCAAUGGAGGAGCCACUAACGAAGACUCCAAUCCAAGUCCCGGUGGAGCAACGCAGUACAAGCGUGGCAAAUGCGGCCACAAGCUCAAAGGUGGAGCCUUUCUUUGCUACCAUGCUUGUCACUGUGUCAUGGGCAUGCCCAAGGGCGCUCAUGGCAGCUCGACCGUGGUAAUGGGAAGGCCGGUUGGUUCCACGGCCAAUGGUAGUGUUAAUGGUAACGGUGGUAAGCUGGAGGCGACCAAGGUGGUGUCCGGGGAGGUUACGGUUGAGGAGAACGGUUCUGACGGGAUGGUUGCUUCCCUGGAUGCAGGAUCUCGAGAUAAAAACUCCAAGACCCGAGAUGCCCGAGAUGUCCGAGGUGACGAACUCGGCUCUAGUGGCGAGUUUCUCCGAGGUGUAGUGAGCGGUGAGCUGCUUAGCAAUGGGAUCCCGGGCCAAGGCGAGAAUGGUCUUGUAGGAUUCAAGCCGGGGUCGGACUUGCAAGAGAUAUGGCCGGUGGAGCUCGUGAUGCCAGGCUUGGUCAUUCAUCUGGUGCGUGUUCCAGACGAGGCACCGGGCUCGUCUUGGUUUGCGCGGAGGAGGAAGAAACAGCACCAAGCAAUCCUGAGAGACCGAGAUGAUUUCCGGGACCUCGUGGUGUCUCCCUCGAUGUUCCUGGAUCAUAUGCCAUGGAGGUGCCAGCGCGGGUUGGACGACGUUCUCAAGCAAGUUUGCACUCGACCACUUCACGCGGACGCGGAAUCACAAGGCAUCCAAGUCGAUGGUUUCUGAAGAAAACUUUCAGUUGAAAAGAGUGGAAAUGACAAGCUCUUGCAUGAAUUUGACUCGCAAGUUUGCUUC